CCAAAUUUCACCGCUCCACCAUGAACUGGACCCGGCGAUCCGCCGUCGGCCGCGGCUCCUCCGCCACCAUCUUCCUCGCCACCACCUCCUCCGGCGACAUCUUCGCCGUCAAGUCCGCCGAGCUCCCCCAAUCGGAUUUUCUACAAACGGAACAGGGGAUUCUUUCUACUCUGUUCCACCCAUCCGUUGUGGGCUACAGGGGAUUCGAUUUAACGAGAGAGAACGGCAAGGUAAUGUAUAAUCUCUUCAUGGAGUACGUCGCCGGCGGUUCCCUCGGCGACGAAAUCGUCCGGCGUGGAGGUCGGAUUAAGGAGGCGGCGGCGGGGUUCUACACGUGUCAAAUUGUCAGGGGAUUGGAGUAUUUGCACGCGCGAGGAUUGGUGCAUUGCGAUAUUAAAGCUAGGAAUAUUUUGGUCGGUGAAGAUGGGGUGAAGAUUGCUGAUUUCGGCUGCUCCAAAUGGGUCUCUCAGCCGGCGGCGAUCGGCGGGACACCGAUGUUCAUGGCGCCGGAGGUGGCGCGUGGGGAAGAACAGGGGUUUUCCUCUGACAUUUGGGCGCUUGGGUGUACCUUAAUCGAAAUGGUCACCGGCGGUCCCCCGUGGCCCGACGCCGGAAACCCAGUUUCGGUGCUGCACCGAAUUGGGUAUUCCGGCGAGUCGCCGGAAAUUCCCAGCUUUCUAUCGGACCCGGCAAAGGAUUUUUUGGGGAAAUGCCUGAGAAGGGAUGCAAGAGAACGGUGGAGCGCGAGUCAACUUCUGGGGCAUCCAUUUUUGGGGGAACUGAGUUGUGGGUCGGAGGAAAUAAAGGAAUUACAUUCCGAUUCACAUUCCAAUUCUCCGACGAGCAUUCUGGAUCAAGGACUGUGGAAUUCACUGGAAGAACAGUCGUCGGAAGCUGUGGAGAAAUCAGAGAGGUGGGAUGAUGACAGAAUCAGACAGCUGUCGAUGACUUCGGGGGAAUUUAGGUGGGAAUUGGGAGAUGAGAAUUGGAUCACAAUCAGAGAAGAAAGCAACAGAAGCUCUGUGGAAAGUGACUCCAUUUUCGGGUCAACAUCAGAAAUGGGCUUCAGAAGAGAUUAUGGGAAGUGCUCGCAAUUGUUAGAUACAACCGUUAGGUUUAGAUUAAGGAAGAAUGAUGUUGUAAUUAGUGAUCUUAGUUCCAACAGAGACAGAGCUAACUUGUUAGUUCAUCUAAUCUCAAAGUUUUGA